GUGCGUCGCGUUGGCUUCGCGGGCAGCGCGAGGCUGCCGGCGGGUGUGUGAGAGAAAACCCCGCUGUGCCUCUGCGAAGGCGGACGGGGCGAGCCAGGUGGGACGACGCUGCUGUUGCUGCUGCUGCUUCAGCGCCAUGGCGGGAGGAGGCAGCGCCGGCGAGUGGUGCCUCAUGGAGAGCGACCCGGGCGUCUUCACGGAGCUCAUCAAGGGUUUCGGUUGUAGGGGUGCACAAGUUGAGGAAAUAUGGAGUUUGGAACCAGAAAACUUUGAAAAAUUAAGGCCAGUUCAUGGAUUAAUUUUUCUAUUCAAGUGGCAACCAGGAGAAGAACCAGCUGGCUCCGUUGUUCAGGAUUCCAGAUUAGAUACAAUAUUUUUUGCUAAACAGGUAAUAAAUAAUGCUUGUGCAACUCAAGCUAUAGUAAGUGUGCUAUUAAACUGUACCCAUCAAGAUGUCCAUUUAGGAGAAACGCUAUCAGAAUUUAAAGAAUUCUCCCAAAGUUUUGAUGCAGCGAUGAAGGGCCUGGCAUUAAGUAACUCAGAAGUUAUUCGACAAGUCCACAACAGUUUUGCCAGACAACAGAUGUUUGAGUUUGAUGCAAAGUCAACAGCGAAAGAAGAAGAUGCUUUUCAUUUUGUCAGCUAUGUUCCUGUACAUGGAAGAUUAUAUGAACUGGAUGGACUGAGAGAAGGCCCAAUAGAUUUAGGUGUAUGCAAUCAGGACGACUGGAUCAGUGCUGUAAGGCCUGUCAUAGAAAAACGAAUACAAAAGUACAGUGAAGGUGAAAUAAGGUUUAACUUGAUGGCAAUUGUAUCUGACAGAAAAAUGAUAUAUGAACAGAAAAUUACAGAGCUGCAGAGACAACUUGCUGAGGAAGAGCCCAUGGACACAGACCAGACCAGUAAUAUACUAAGUUCUAUUCAGUCAGAAGUUGCAAAAUAUCAGAUGUUAAUUGACGAAGAAAACCAAAAAUUGAAACGGUACAAGGGGACUGUGCAACCUGAUCCCUCCAGCAAGAUUGAAAACAUUAGAAGAAAACAUAACUACUUGCCAUUCAUCAUGGAGUUGUUAAAGAUGUUAGCAGAGCACCAACAAUUAAUCCCACUUGUAGAAAAGGCAAAAGAAAAACAGAACGCUAAGAAACCACAAGAGGCCAAAUGAAGACUGGUGUCUUUUUUUGUCUGUGAUUUUUUUCUUUUCUUUUUGGAGGGGAAAAUGUGCUUCUGAAUUUUUGUCUUCAUGAAAGUAACCCUGCAAGACUUCUUGUAAAGUUUAAACUUGUCCCAUGCACGUUUGCCGAUUUGUAACAGUUUGUCCUGUCCCGUUUGCACGGGGUCUAUGAAUCUUCCCUUUUCCCCCUGCAUCAUGUGCAUGUACUACCACUCAGUAAUGGUUUUCAAAAUCUCUGUCAAAUUCCAGUAUUUAACAGUGAUAUCUGACUGAUUCUGUAUAUUUAAUCAGGAAAUGCUGCUGCAAUUUGUAUAGACUACCAAUAUUGUGCAAGUAAUGCUAGACCUUUUUACUGUAAUGGACAUACUUAAAUAUCUUGUCUCGCAGUGAAACCUUGUAUAUAUAGUUAUGCGAAGAAAGCUUGACUUAUUUUUUACAAGUAAGUUGGUCUGUCUUUGCUUAUCACCACUAACUGUCUUGGUCUCUGAGUUUUUCAGUGGCUUUCUCUGUAUUCUUGUUUAUAUGGAGUUGUGUCUAAAUUUUCUACAGAGUUGAAAGUAAAAACUGAAUGGUAGAAUCAUUUAUAGAACAGUGCAUAAGCUUAAGUGUUUAUGGCUUCAGUAGAAAAAAAGAAUAAUAAAUAUUCCCAUUUUUAUUUUGGCAAAUCAUUGUACGUUGUAGUCUUCCUAUCAUGAAUAAUGUGAUUUUUUGUUGUUGCAAAGAAAUCCUUCUCUCUUCUUUUGAGCCACUUAUGUAACACCAAAGUUACAAAAAAAGAGGUUUGCAAUAUUUUCCAGUAUUCGUGGAGAUGUCUGUUCGUAAAAUGGGUUUUUACCUUGUAGGGUUUGGGGGAGAAUUUUCAACUUGCCCUGCUGCUGUGUACAUCACUACCUGUAUAUAUUUUCCUGAUAUUCAGAAUUAAACAAAUGCUCUAUUUUCAUCCUUCAA